CCGUGAAGUCCAAGGGCAAGAACGCGCCGAAGGAGGGGCUGAAGGGGCCGGAGGUGUGUACGGACCCCGCCAUGCUCACCACCUACGCCAUGGGGGUCAAUUACUUCAAGGACGGCCCGGAGGUGGCCCUGAAGCCCGACUCCGAGUACCCCGACUGGCUCUUUAAGAUCCACCUCGGGCCCCCCAAGAAACUAGAGGAGCUGGACCCCGACUCGAUCGAGUAUUGGAGGCGCCUGCGGAAGUACAACACGUGGCACCGCAACAGGCUGAAGAAGGGCAAGAAGCUGUAG